UUGUAGCUCUGUUAGCUUUGUCAUUAAGUUAGUUGAGCAGCGCUGUCACAGCCUGCCGGACACAGACUAAACUCUGGAUACUUGUAAUUUUGUAUGAGACCAGCCGGUGGACUAGCAAACCGUGAAUUAACAUUUUUUUGGGCGGACGAUAGCAGAGGAGAUGUGUAAUAAGCUGCAUUGGACACUAAGAACCUACCUGGCUGCCAGUCUGUCAACUGACAGCUGUCACCGCACCUAGCUGGUGAGCUAAAGGCUAACAAGUGUUUAUUUUCGGGCUUAUUUGGCUCGUUUCAGAGUUAAAACCAGCGACUUCCGCAUGGACGUUAUAUCUUACAAUCUCCUCAACAAUAUUUGACUCCGCCUGCUGUCCAAGCCAUGAGUUAGCAAAGCAAAACGUCGGCCAGCAGUGUUUUGGAUAUUUUGUGGUCCAGCUAGUUAGCUAGCAUUUAGCUUGACGCUAGCUAGCUACAUUCAUUCAAUUAUUGAAGAACUGCUACCGUGUUAACACCAGCUCCUCAGCCGUCAGGGGCCGGGGAUAGGACAACAACCAGAAUCCUCGUUAGGAUACUGACAUAUUUAGGAAUUGGCCGUGCUUUUUGUAACACCUUGAGGUCAUGAAGAAAUUUUUUGACUCUCGUCGGGAGCUGGUGAGCUCCGGGCCUGGUUCCGGAGCCGGUGGAGGAGGCGGUGGUUCCGGCGGCGGCGGCAGCUUCAUCGGACGGGUCUUCACCAUUGGACGAUAUCAAGUCACCAUCGAGGAAAUUGUCGCUGAAGGAGGUUUUGCCAUUGUUUUUUUGGUGCGGACUCAUCAAGGGCUACGUUGCGCACUAAAAAGGAUGUAUGUCAACAACGAACAUGAUCUACAGAUCUGCAAUCUUGAGAUACAGAUUAUGAGAGAUCUAGUGGGCAACAAAAACAUAGUUGGUUUCCUGGAUUCCAGCAUAACUGCAGUUGGAGCUGGGGAUGUAUGGGAAGUCCUAAUCUUAAUGGACUUUUGUCGAGGUGGACAGGUGGUAAAUCUAAUGAACCAGAGGUUACAGACAGGCUUCACUGAGGUCGAGGUGUUACAGAUCUUUUGUGACACAUGUGAAGCUGUUGCUCGUCUCCACCAGUGCAAGACUCCAAUUGUCCACAGAGACCUCAAGGUGGAAAAUAUUCUUCUCCAUGAUCGGGGACACUAUGUGCUCUGUGACUUUGGAAGUGCUACAAACCGCUUCCAAAACCCACAGACAGAGGGGGUGCCAGUCGUUGAGGAGGAAAUAAAAAAGUACACUACUCUGUCAUACCGCGCUCCAGAGAUGGUCAACCUCUAUGGUGGAAAGGUCAUCACAACAAAGGCAGACAUUUGGGCCAUGGGUUGUCUACUCUAUAAGCUGUGCUACUUCACACUUCCUUUUGGGGAGAGCCAAGUGGCAAUCUGUGACGGCAGCUUCACUAUCCCAGACAAUUCCCGCUACUCCCAGGACAUGCACUGUCUCAUCAGAUACAUGUUGGAACCUGACCCAGAUAUGAGACCAGACAUCUACCAAGUAUCCUACCUUGCCUUUAAACUGACUCGACGAGAGUGUCCAGUUCCAAAUGUAAAUAAUUCGUCCAUUCCUGCAAAACUUCCUGAGCCUAUCAGAGCCAGUGAAGCAGUGGCCAAAAAGAGUCAAACCAAAGCCAGACUCACAGACCCCGUUCCCACCACUGAAACCUCAAUAGCACCACGACAACGACCCAAGGCUGGGCAGGCUCAACCCCAGCCAAUAUCAGGCAUUCUUCCCAUCCAGCCAGCUAUGACCCCACGCAAGAGGCCCAAUGUGGCUCCUGGAACACCGCAGUCCAUAGGUGUUGGUGCCAGUGUCCCACCUUCAGCUGCAGCUGCUGUCCAACCUGCUCAGCAGGCUGUGCAACAGCCAGCUCAGACCACCAACAUGCAGCCGCAGGCUACACCACAGCAUCAGCAGCUCCUCAUGAAGCAGCAGCAAGCUUCACCCUUCUUGAUCCCACAGAGUAACCAGCAGCAGCAACAACAAACAUCUUCUCAGGCAUCUACCCUGCUGCAUUCCAAAGUUAAGCCCGUUCCUCCUGUUGUUACCCUGCAACUGCAACACCAGCAGCAGCAUGAAGUGCAUGAAACAGCAGCUCCCCAUCUGACCCCCAUCCCUGAGUCUGCUGUCAUUGGUUCUGCAGCUGACCCAGAUGUUGUGACGGCAAGCCGAGGGAUUCACAAAGUCGGCUCCCUGACACCCCCCUCAUCGCCGAAGAUGGCCCCCAAGAGUGGCCAUAGACGCAUCCUGAGCGAUGUCACUCACAGUGCCGUGUUUGGGGUCCCAGUCAGCAAGUCCACCCAGCUACUCCAGGCAGCCGCAGCUGAGGCCAGCCUCAACAAGUCCAAAUCAGCCAGUACUACUCCUUCUGGCUCCCCCUGCUCAUCCCAGCAGAGUGUCUAUCAUCAAGGUGACGGUGAUGCCCCAUCAGCCUUCUCUGCACCUAGCACUCAGCCCAGCUGGAACCCCUUUGGAGAUGAUAAUUUCUCCAAGCUGACAGCAGAGGAGCUGCUCAACAAAGACUUUGCAAAACUAGCUGAGGCUGCUGCACAAGGAGAGAAGUCCAUGGGCUCCAGUGAAAAUCUCAUUCCAGGGCUUGAUGCUUUUCCAGCUGAAAGACCUGCUGACAUCCUGGGGGCAGGUUCAGCGUUGUUGAGUGUCCAGGACCCUUUUAAUACCCUCUCCCUCUCUGACAGCCCAGCAAAGGCAGAGGUGUGUGUGGAUUCACUGAUUCCUGGUCUGGAAGCCCCCCAAGCCCAGCGACAUGCAGGCCAGCCUGAGCUCGUCUCUGCCAGCAUGCCAGACUCAGCUUUCCUCAUGUCGUGUGGGGAGAAGGGCAAUGAUGACGAGUUUGACCCUAUUCCUGUGCUCAUCUCCAAAAACUCAAAUCAAGAUGUGCAAGGGGGAAGUAAUGGCUACUCCGUGCUUGGGGAAGGACAAGAGACUGAAAUUCCAGAGGAAGAUUCUCAAACAAAUGAGGGAUGUGUUCACUCAAGUGAUGAAGAUGAGGAAAAAGAGGCCGACAAGGAAGAGCAGCAGGAAAGUGGAGACAUCGAAAGUCACGAAGUGGUCCAUGAUUGCAGCGGCUCCAGACCUCUACUGCUGGACUCUGAGGACGAAGAAGAACAAGGACCUCAGCUGGCCUUACCUUCAUCACCUACUUCCAGCAUAGUACCAACACAACCGUCUACUACCUUCCAGCAACCUGCUCCUAUUGCCUUUGCACAGAAUAAUUCCCAGCAUGCACCCGAGCCAGCAAAGGGGGCGGACAUUGCUGUAGAUGUCUUCUCAAAAGCCCCCUUUCGUGUUGUACAAGAAGAAUCAGCAGAUGUGUUUGCCAAUGCUCCAUUUCCACGCGCUCACGUUGCAGCUCAGCAGCCAUUCGAUGUAUUCUCACAGGCACCCUUUGGAAAAAGAAAGGAGUCCACAGGAGCGUACCCUGAACAAGGUGUGUUGGGACAAGUUACCCCACAACCAUUCCGCCCACAAGCUCUGGCCAAAUACUCCCGACACUUUGAGGGACCUGUACCGCAGCAGCCCGUAGCAGCUCUAAGAGUUGUGUCUAGUGUGAGCAAGCAAACUGCUGUGGGAUCAGUCCCUGUUGGACCUCUUCACUCAUGGACCUCAGAAGCGAGCACUGUGGACCCCUUCGUCUCCGCACCUUUUCACCUCAAAGCCCCACAAGAGAAGCCCUGAACAUAAAUUGAGGUCAGGGCAGCGGGUAUCAGCGCCACUGAAUUAUGCAAGCUAUUACAGGCAUACUGCAUGCUGUCAUCAACGCCUCAGCCGGACUGCAGGCCUGCAUGGAUCUCAUUCUUAACUGGCUCGAAUUAGUUCUGAUAGUGCGAGGUUAUCUUUACACUUGAAUGCUCUGUUAGAGUAAGAAAACUGACAUCAUCACCAGACUCCUUGUCACUUUUUAUUUUCUGUGUCACAUACUUUUUUACCUUCCAAAUCGUCGUUCAUCCUUUUUGGUACGAACAUCAACACAAAGACGACAUGGUGGUCAAGCAUAUGAUUGUUUUCUUGCCUACCUCAGUUUCCUUUUUUUUUUUGUCAGCACUAAAAUAUCACUCAGUGAGGGAGUUAAGAUUGUCUGCAGCUUUGGCAGUUUGAAUUGAGCUGUACUGUGAAACUAUGAUCUGAUAACGCCUCAUUGCUGUCAUUCCUCCACUGUAUUCUCAGAAAGGACUGAUUCAACUUGAAUCACAAGAUCAUGGCUUCACAGACGCUGGACAAAGGAGAAGACACUGCAUAUAGCACUAAUAUGGCGUACAAUUUAAUCAGUCACAAAUGACCCAGAUUCUCUCUUCAAUGGGAGUUUCAGAGAAAUUCACCUUUAAUUAUAUAAAACAAAACAUUAAACUGCCUUAUAAUUAUGGGCUUAAAGUCAAUAUUUUUUGGCCCUUUAGUCUGACAGUUUGCAUUUAAGCAGAUGCUGGAUAAUGAUGCAAGUAAUGUUUGAUGAUGAAAAGCCUUUUUUGUUUCAUUCCAGAUGUUUGCAUUUUUGUCAUGUGUAUAAUGUUUGUGGUCACUGUCCUGUCUCUGAUAAGAGUAGAAUAUCAGUGUUUAUUCCAUGUGGCAUACGCAACUUUAUAUAAAUGUUAGGGAUAGAAAACUCAUUAUAGUAGUUCCUAUGUUAUACACGUAUAGAAGAUUCACCUUUUUUCCUGUUUUCCAGGACAUUAUCUCUUAGGCCUUACACUCUUGCAGUACAUAACUACUCUCAUAUCAGACAGUGUCAUUUGUAUCACAUUUGCCUUUAAUUUUGCCCUCCUAAAAAAUUGCUGCAUUUAUGUACUGGUGAAGUUUGGACACUACUCCCUAUUUAUUUGAAUGAGAAAUGGUGUCCAAACUUUUUGACUGGUUUUGUACAUCAUUUUAUUGCACUUGCAUUCAGCACCAAGUACAAUCAUAUAAAACUUAUUUUCUAUCCACAGUACACAUAAGCACAAAGAUAUUCAUUCAACUCCUUAAUGCAUCUAUAUUGUAGACAUGUCUUUAAACUCCAAAUGUGUAUUAACUGUAAUUCCCACUGAUGAACAACUGAUGUAACAGCUCCUGCAACUUAAAUAAUGCUUAUCCUGUAGUCACAGUAAUAUCUACAGCACUUAUUUAUGCUUAGCAGUUCCAAUCAGGGAUUGUAAUAGUAGCAUCUUGGAAGCAGGAUCUUGAGUGGUGACUGAUUGAUGACAUUCCUUUACAAUUUAAUCCCAUCACCAUUUGGAAAUAUUUUAUUAUCUCUGUGCUUUAUAAAAUCACGGAACACUAUUUUGUUCCCACCAUGGCACUUUGAAGAAAGGGGAUCCAUCCUGUUUCAACCCAAAGUUUAAUUCACAUUUUCUUCUGUUGCAAUGUAAAAUCUUGUGUUUUUCUUUUUUGAAUUGUACAAUCUUUUUAUAAAUGCUCACUUUUCUCACCCAACUUGUAUAAAUGAAGGUUGCACAUAGUCACUGACACAGAGUCAGGGUUCUCUAAGAAUGUGUUUUGAUUGUGACACAGCUGUAAAAUGUAUUUCGACCAGUGUUGUUUAGAGAGUCCAUGGAGCAUUCAACAGCUGAUACAAUGUUGGAUUAAAAGGCACUUGAAAUACUUGUCAUGCUGCACAGC